AUGAUCGAGAGGCUUUUGGAACUUCGCACUGUCGUUAAUAACAUAAUCAUUCGUCAUAAAAAUGCACUACCUAUACUUACUGCAUCCGAACUAUCAAUUCUUUCUUCGGUUUUACAAGUUCUACGACCGAUCGAAGCUGCAACCAAGGAAGUAUCAGGUGACAAGUACUGCACUAGCAGCAAGGUAAUACCACUUAUCCAUUGUCUUCUUUUGAAAGUCAAACCUCUUAAACUCGAAGAUCUUGCCAAAGAAUUGCAAUCUCUGGUCCUUAAAGAGAUCGACAGGAGAAUGGGUGUUAUAGAGAGAGUGCAUCCCCUCGCUAUAGCGACGAUAUUGGAUCCGAGGUUCAAGAAAAUGCAUUUUACGGAACCACUAGCUUGUUCUGCGGCUGUAGCAAAAAUCAAAGAAUUAGUAAAAACAACAAUACAACAUGAGGCUGUGGAAUCUGAUUCUUCAGGUCAUUCUGACAAACCAGAAGAUAACUUCUCCUUCUGGGAUGAUCACCAUAAAUUAGUCCACAAGAGCUGGAAAACGGCAAAGUCUGACGAUGCUAUUUCUGAUGAGCUAUCAAUAUACUUGUGUAGUCCAGUAGGAAGACUUAAUGAGAACCCAUUGGAAAUUUGGAAUGAUCAUAAAAUUCAGCUUCCUAAACUUCAUACAAUUGCUUACAAAUACUUGACAAUGGUGGGAACUUCCAUACCAUCUGAACGUUUAUUUUCUAAAGCGGCACAAAUCGUCAAUCAGCAACGAAAUAGACUGAAGGGGAAACGUUUGGAUAAACUGUUGUUUUUGCAAAGUCUUCCAAAAGAACACUGGACAUAG